AUACGCAGAAGCUGUCUCUCUCCCACCUCCAACGGUCCAACUUUGACCUUCUCUCCCUCUUUCUCUCUCUUCUCUCUCUCUCUCUCAAAAUCAAAACGUUGGUCUGGUCUUCGCUUUCAAAUUUAUUAACAAUAAUAAUCGGUCAUGGCUUUCCCAAACCCUCAAAACCCUACGGAUCUUCUUCUACACGAAGCUCCAAGACUCCGCCAUUUCUAAUCGAAUUAUUUUUGUAAGUUUCUGAGAGAGAGAGGAUCAAAAUAUAAAAUUCGAAAUUUUGCUCAUUCACAUACGUCAUGAUCGACGCCAUGUUGUUGGAUAUCUUGGUCCCUUCUUGGUGGGAGAUCAAGGUCACUGUCGCCGCUUCCAUCUUCGUGAUCUUCGCCUUCUGGUUUUUUGCCUACAGAGGGGUCGCAGAUGGCUAUGGAGAUCGAUCACUUGAUAAUUCAGGUGCUUCUGGGGAUGCCAGUGACGACAAAGACAAGAUGGGCCAGUUGAAAGGAGAUCCUCAAACAAAUUCUGCGUAUUUAAUCAAGCCUUUGUUUAUUGAUGAGCAUGGUAUGCUCUACUUUCAGUUGGAGUUGUUGGCUGCUAAGAAUCUUAUUGGUGCAAACUUAAAUGGCACAUCAGAUCCUUAUGCUAUCAUUACUUGUGGUACAGAAAAGCGAUUCAGUUCAAUGGUCCCUGGUUCAAGAAAUCCCAUGUGGGGAGAGGAGUUUAAUUUUUCAGUUGAUGAGCUUCCCGUCCAGAUUAACGUGACAAUAUAUGAUUGGGAUAUAAUUUGGAAAAGUACUGUUCUUGGUUCGGUGAUUAUUCUUGUUGAAAACGAGGGUCAAACAGGUGCUGUAUGGUAUACAUUGGAUAGCACAUCAGGGCAGGUUUGUCUGCAUAUUAAAACAAUGAAGCUGCCUGUAAAUUCUUCCAGGGUAAAUGGCAUUGCUGGAACUAAUGCUCGAAGAAAGAUUUCUUUAGAUAAACAAGGGCCCACAGUAGUUCAUCAAAAGCCAGGUCCUCUUCAGACAAUAUUUAAUCUUCCUCCAGAUGAGGUUGUUGAACAUAGUUAUUCUUGUGCACUUGAGAGGUCAUUCUUGUAUCAUGGCCGUAUGUAUGUCUCUCAAUGGAACAUUUGCUUCCAUUCUAAUGUGUUUUCCAAGCAAAUGAAGGUUAUUAUACCAAUUCAAGAUAUUGAUGAGAUACGGAGGAGUCAGCAUGCAUUUAUUAAUCCUGCCAUAACCAUUAUUCUUCGCAUGGGUGCUGGUGGUCAUGGUGUACCUCCUCUGGGAAGUCCUGAUGGUAGAGUGAGAUAUAAGUUUGCAUCAUUUUGGAAUAGAAAUCAUACAUUAAGAGCUUUACAACGUGUGGCAAAGAACUUUUAUACAAUGCUAGAAGCUGAGAAGAAGGAGAGUGCUGAUUCAGCACUACGUGCACAUAGCAGUUCCGUUAGAGGGGAUAAAACUGAGGAUAACGUUCCUGAAGAUGUUGCUGCCAAAACUGGAAAAGUUCAAGCUUUCGUUAAAGAAGAAGUUAUUGUUAGUAUAUAUAAUGAUACAUUUUCAUGCACAGCUGAGAUGUUUUUUAAUUUAUUGUUGAGAGAUGAUUCGACUUUUACAAACGAGUACCGAUCAGUACGGAAGGAUACUAACCUUGUUAUGGGACAAUGGCAUUCUGCGGAUGAAUAUGAUGGUCAAGUCAGGGAAAUAAAAUUCAGAUCCCUUUGUAACAGCCCCAUGUGCCCUCCUGACACAGCCAUGACAGAGUAUCAGCAUGUUGUUCUCUCUCCAGACAAGCAAGUACUGGUAUUUGAGACGGUGCAACAGGCACUUGACGUACCGUUCGGGUCUUAUUUUGAGAUCCACUGUAGGUGGCGUCUGGAGACAAAUGCUGAAAACUCGUCUACUAUAGAUAUAAAAGUGGGUGCACAUUUUAAGAAAUGGUGUGUGAUGCAAUCCAAAAUAAAAACAGGGGCUAUUAACGAGUACAAGAAAGAGGUGGAGAUGAUGUUAGAAGUGGCACGUUCAUAUAUCCAGUCACAUUCUGCUGGUGCUGGUGGCGCUGCUGCUGGUGCUGCUGAGGAGACGACAUCCUCUGCCUCUGUAAUUCAAGACAGCAGCUAACCUUUCCACUAAUGAUAAUUUAGAUAUGCUUCAUUUAAUUGGAGGGGGUUGUGUUAUUGUAAUAUAAACUUUCUUUUGGAUAGAAUUUUAUUCUGUACAUUGAGAGAGAGAGAGAGAGAGAGAGAGAGAGACGCACACACACACACACACACACACACACACACACACACGCACAUGCUUUACACCUACAAAUAUCCAACCCAUGUACCGUCCUCACCCUGUCUCUUUAGGAGAGAACUAGUGGUGUGUGUUAAUUUAUUAAUUGUCCUUGUUUGUGCAAUGCAAUGUGGAAACCACAUUUUUUAAUAUAUGUCAAAAAAAAAAAAGGAAGAACAUUUAUUGUAUUAAA